AGAAACAGCUUUUACCCUAAAACCCAUCCCCUGUUCUUCGCUAAUCCCAUUCCCACGAACCCUCACUUCGCUGCGCAAUCACCUCGAGAGCGAGCUAGGGUUGCCCGUCCAGAUGGCCGUCGCCGACGGCGCCUUGAAGCCCUCACCGCCGCCACCGCCGCCCGCGCGGAUCAUCGUCGCGGUGCUGGCGUUCGUGCGCUUCAUCCUCGUUCCGGUGCUGGGGCUCGUGCGCGUCGUCCGCGUCGCGGGCAGAGCGCUCCCCUACCUGUGCUUCGCGGCUGCGUGGGUCAUCUCCGCGGGCUCGGCCGCCACGAUCGUCGCACGCCACGCCUGCCGCGAGGGCUCCGCCCCCCUCGUCUUCCUCGAGGCGUUCACGGACGCGGCUUUCAAGUUCUCCAUCUGCGGCAUCUGUAUCUUCCUCGCGCUCGCGGCCGUCCUGCUGUUCGGCCUGUGCCUGGUUGCAGUUCUAUCUGGAUCUGGUUCGAAGGUCAAGAAGAGCGCCUUUGGAGCAAUCAGGAAGGGGUCAACUCGGGGUUUGUCUGGGCUUCCCCGUGCUGUGGUCCUUGGAUUGGUCGCAGAUCUGCCCUUCAUGCUGCUAAUUGUCACUGGUCUUCUGGUAGUGAUGAUGACGUCGUCGCCUGUGGGGGGAUCGAUAUCUCAGGGAGAAAUGAUUGGUACAAUGAUUGCGGAGGUGGGGAUAUUUGGCUUCCAUGCAAUAUGUUGCUUCUUAUCAUUCCAGCUUUAGCGCUGGAUGUCUGGAGGGAUGACCGAUCAGACACAAAGCCAGGACUUGGGGUUGCAGAUUGUUGAGACAUAACUCUGAACUUGAAGGUGUGAAGAAAGGCAAGGGAGAUAGAAAAGACUUCGCUGGAGAUUAUGGCUGUUGACAAUUACUGGAUUAUAAUUACUUGUAUCCACGUCUGUAUAUUGUUGGUCCACUGCUAGUAUUGCAUACUCCAUGUCCUAGGAGCUCUCCGUUGUGCUGUUUCAAUGUUCAGUUGCUGCUGGAAGGCUGGAAUACAUGAGCGAGGGGUAACACCCUCCCAGAGGAGAGAGGACAAUGCUUUUCUAGGUGUAUAGAAUUUGCCAUGUUUGCAGUUCUAUGUUGGGCGACUAUAUGUUUGCAAGUGGUUGGGAAUGUGGUAGUCAUCAUAGAACGUUAUGUCUGUGGCAAUCUCAUAUGUUACAUCCCUACAGUUAACUAUCUUUGUUUCUUUCUUGUGGAUAUCGAUUGGGCCAAACUCUAAUGCUUCAAUUUUGAAGUAUGCAAUGGUGAUAUUGAAUCUGUUGCCACAAAUGUCUAAAUUGAAGGGUUACCGCUGUAAA